CAGCGAAGGUCGACCUAAAGGGGCCAUUUUGUGCUGAAUCCGCGCAGUGCUGCUGCAGCAGCUGGUUCAGACAUGGACCUGGUCAGCGACUGCGUCCUGCUGCGAGGCGUGUCUCCCAUGAUAGACGAGCAGCACCGUCUGACGGAGCGGCGGGCCACCUGGUACGUGCCCAUGUACGAGAUGUCCGGCGAGUCUCCGCCGCCGCCGGAGCCGCCGCCACGGGCCCGGGAUACUGAGGACCUGGCCGUGGACCGUCCGGCCGCCACUCACCGGAGUCCGCUGCAGCGACUGGCCAGUUUCCGCAGCGAGGCGCGGGUGGCCGUGGUGCGGCGCGGCCGCUCGCUGGAGGACCUGGCCCGCCGCGUGCAGCGCCGCCUGCGGGCCCGCUCGCUGGUCCGCGACCUGACCUCGGAGCCGGCGCCCAGCGCUGGCGAGGUGUCGGAGCGGGGUCGCUACCGACCCCUGCCGGACGCCUCAGUGUUUGUUGACCCGGCCGAGGUGGUCACUCGUCUGCCGCUGGCCGCCGCCGGGCUACCGCUGCAUAUCGAGGGCCCUCCGCUGGGCGCCUCCCCGGUACCAGCGCCGCGAGCCAGUCUGCGUGGCAAGGCGAGCAUCGCCAGCCAGAGCUCGUGUGACUCAUCAGAGACGUGUGAGCCGCCGGAGAUGUGCGUGCCUCCGGAGAUGUGCGUGCCUCCGGAGAUGUGUGUGCCGCCGGAGAUGUGCGUGCCUCCGGAGGUUUGCGUGCCUCCGGAGGUGUGUGAGCCGCCGGAGAUGUGCGUGCCGCCGGAGGUUUGCGAGCCGCCAGAGGUGGAGAGCGUGCGCAGCGCCGACAGUGGGGUGUACUCGGAGUCUGAGAGCUGCAACUCCCCUCCCCGUCCCCCACCGCGUCCCUCCAAACGGCGCCGCCGAAAACGCGAGCGCUACGAGGUGUGUCUUGGCUACCGGUGCUACCAACUCGAGGCCGAUCACUGUACCAUCACUGUCUACUCGUUGCAGAAAAACAAGACGGCGCUGAGGGAGCUGCUGCAGACGCCGGCGUCGACCACUUCGCUGGGCUCUGACAGAGUGAUCACGGGCGGCGGCUCGGCGCUGGAUGAGCGGCACUCCAGCGGCGGCAGCUCGCCCGGGCCCCGGCGCACCUCCUCUCCCCGCAUCUCGGGCCGUGAGCUGGUGUCGCCCUGCUCCUCGUGUCACGGCACUCCGGCGGCGAGACGCGCGCGAGCCCGUUCCCCGAGCCCGCAGCCGAGCCCGCCGCGCCGCCGGCAGCUGCCGCGCUCCCCGAGCCCCAGUCCGGGAUCCCGCCACUACGCCGACCCCUCGCUGGAGGCUCCGCACCGGGAGCAGCGCGACCAGCGGCGGGCGUCCCUCGCCAGCUGCAGCCUGCCGACAUCCCGUCAGAGUCCUCCGACGGUCCGACCGAGCUCAGCGAGACCUCGCGACCCUCCGACAGGGGCAGACACCAACGGGAACGGUCUGCGGUCUGAGCCGCCGCCGAUCCACCAGCCGCGGGAGCCGGCCGACGGCCUCAGCCAGUCGCCGGAGCCGGAACCGGAGCCGGACUGCCCGUCGCCGCCGGAGAGGAACGGUCAGGGCUCAGAGAAGGACGAUCAGAGUCCCCAGAAGGACGGCCAGAAUCUCCAAAGGAACGGACUGGGUCCUCAGAGGGAUGGCCAGGGUUCUCGGAGAAACAGUCACGAGCCGGAAAGAGACAGCAAUGGCCAGGAGAGGAGAGACAGUCAGGGGUCAGAGAGAAGCAGUCAAGGCCCGGAGAAGAACGCCCAUCGCACGGAGAGGGACCACCAGCUCCCGGAGAGGGGCAGCCAUCGCCCGGAGAGGGACAACCAGCGCCCGGAGAGGGACAACCAGCGCCCGGAGGGGGAGGGCCAGGCGCCAGAGCCCUGUCUGAGCCCGCGGCGCUCGCUAACGCCCAGUCCUGAGGAGACCGUUCCCCGUCCGAAGCUGCCGCACUCACUGCUGGCCGCUCAGCCGCUGGUACAGGAGCCCUGUGAGGAGCUGGUGGAGGUCGGCCGCACGCUGCGCACCCUGCUGCUGGUCCGCUGUCCGCAGCUGGUGCGAGACAGAAAGUACCGGCUGCACACCUUCCGACGCUGUAUGGUCGGUACCGAGAUGGUCGACUGGCUGAUGCAGCUGUCGGCAGGCGUCCGCAGCCGGCAGCAGGCGACCGCUGUCUGGCAGGUCAUGCUCGAGGAGGGACUCAUCUCACACGUGACCCGGGAGCACCCGUUCCGCGACAAGUACCUCUUCUACCGGUUCCGAGACGACGUAGAUGUGAUGGGCUCGAUGAACCCCACUUCCUCGGAGCGGCGAGAGGCCGAGGCGCGCCUGCCCUCGGCGCUGGCCAACCUGCAGAGACGCGCACCCGACGCCCUGAUCCGACUCAUACUGCGAAAACCGUCCAACCAGCGGACGGCAGAGGACCUGGAAAUGGUCUACGAAGAGCUGAUGCACAUCCGGGCGCUCUCCCACCUCACCAACUCUGUGAAACGCGAGCUGGCCGGCGUCAUUGUGUUCGAGUCGCAUCUCAAGGCCGGGACCGUCUUGUUCCAUCAGGGCGACGAGGGCCAGUCCUGGUACAUCAUCUUGCGUGGAUCAGUCAACGUGGUCAUCCACGGCAAGGGCACAGUGACCACGCUCAGCGACGGCGACGACUUCGGUAACCUGGCGCUCAUCAACGACGCUCCCAGGGCGGCGACGAUCGUCUGCCGCGAGGACAGCUGCUUCUUCCUGCGGGUGGACAAGGAGGACUUUAACCGCAUCCUGCGAGACGUCGAGGCCAACACGGUGCGCCUCAAGGAGCACGGCAAGGACGUCCUCGUGCUGGAGAAACUGGCUGAACCCGGCACCACCGCCCAGUUCAAGUACUCUGUGAUGGCCGGCACGCCGCAGAAGAUGCUGGACCACCUGCUGGAGACCCGCUUCAGCGCCCACUCGGAGCCGCGCCAAGCAGAAAUCACCAUCAGUGACCUCUUCCUCGACGACUUCCUGCUGACGCACGUCAUCUUCUUCCCAUUUAAAGAGCUCACCGAGGAACUCAUCAACAAGUAUCGGGCGUGUCAGGAGUCGAACCCCGACGGUGAGUAUGUGCUGGCCUGCAAGCGCCGCGUCAUUCGGUUCCUGCACCAAUGGGCCAGCACCAUCCGUGAGCCGGUACUGGAGGAUCUGAGCGGCGUCAACUCCAGCUUCCUAGAGGACCUGUACCACCUGGUGGAGGCGGACGCCACCACGUACGGGCCGCUGUUCCGGGAGGAGACCCACCUCAUGAUGGACCUGAUGGAGAUGCGAGAGAAGGCGCGACAGGAGCGCCAGUCCUACGGCAUCCGCAAGUGGAAGAUGCCGGCGGCCGGCCACCGGGUCACGCUGUUCAGCGGCAACUCGAUCGACGAGGAGGCCGCCGAUCGCGUCCGGCCCAUGCAGCACCAUGACGAAAUGAUCUUCCGGGUAUACUGCGCCGACCACACGUUCUGCACGCUGAAGUUUCCUCUGUCGGCCUGCGCGGCGGCCGUUCGCCGCAGUGCCGCUGACAAGCUCGGUCUGAGCAGCGACGACCUGCUGCUGGUGCAGCUCAAAUCGUCCGGUGAGCGUCUCACCCUGAAAGACACUGAGACCAGCGUCACCACCGGUCUCAGUCUCAAUGGACGACUGUUUGUCUCGCCAAAGGAUCACCUGGAUGCGCUGACGCCACUUCCCGAGCAGGAGGGGCCCGGCGAGAACAGCAGCUUCGACGUCGAGGCGUACAACACGCGCGACCUGGCCAUCGUCAUGACGCAGCUGGACUGGGAGGCCUUCAACAAGAUCCACGAGUACGAGAUCCUGUACCACGUGACGGGCCGCGAGCAGCCGGGUCGCACCACGGCCAACCUGGACGUAUUCCUGUGUCGGUUCACCGAGUACCAGCACUGGGUCAUCACCGAGAUCUGCCUGUGCUCCAACCUGAACCGGCGCGUCGCCCUGCUCAAAAAGUUUAUCAAACUGGCCACGGCCUGCCGAGAGCUGAAGAACCUGAACGCGUUCUUCGCCAUCGUGAUGGGCCUGAGCAACUCGGCAGUGUCGCGGCUGACGCUCACCUGGGAGAAGCUGCCCUCCAAGCUGCGCAAGAUGUACUCUGCGUUUGAGCUGCUGAUCGACCCCACACGCAACCAUCGCGCCUACCGGGUCUACAUGGCCGACCUGCUGCCGCCCAUUAUACCGCUGAUGCCGCUACUCAUCAAAGACAUGACCUUCACACACGACGGCAAUCCCACACGGAUCAAUGGGCUCGUCAACUUUGAGAAGAUGCACAUGCUCGCGCAGACGAUGCGCACCCUGCGUUACUGCCGGAGUCGUCCUUUGGCGUCGACCGACUCUGAUCAGCUCUCCCGCAUCGAGUCAGAAAUACGCCGUCAGCUGCGCGCACUGCACGUGAUCGACAAUCAAAAGAUCAUCAACGCACUCAGCCAGAAACUGGAGAGCCGCAGGACGUGAGGGGCGCCGCAGCGACAUCUGCCCGAGCUGCAGUCAACUGGAGCUUUCUAGUCUUCGCGUCAGGUGACGGCCCUCAGCUCGCCUGGUCCCAGCCCCACAGUGAAAGCAGGGAGAAUUCCUUGGUACGCCCUGUCCAAGCGGAGUUCAUCUGAGCAGGGAGACGUCCAGAUUGUUAUCUCAGCGGAAAUCAACUCUCCGACAAGACCUGGUAGACGACCAUGCACGCCCCUGGACCGAGCUAUCUGCCUGCCCCGGUCGGUAGGUUUUCUGUCCCGGCAAGCGGUGCUUGAGAGGACUGGUCGCAUGUUCUCUGGGGAGACGAGAAGCCACUGCUGGUGGGUGAACCAAAAACUGCUGGUGGUGUCUGAAUGAGGACAACAAAAGCUGAGAUACUGGGUCUGUGUGGCUGAGGCUGGCGCUUUCAUGUUCUGUGGUAGGUAGUUAGUCGUGAGAUGAGGAGCUGCCACGGCCCUGUAUGUGUGGCUGUGCAGCUUGCGCACCAAAGGUUACACUAGUCUCAACCCUGAUAUUUGUAUUUUUAUGAUCGUGUAUUCAAACAUAGACCGUGCUCGCGAGUUGAAGCAUAGGAUAGAGCUGUAGAAGGGCUCUUUCCGACAUUUGAGGUCCUUCAGGACAGGAGAGGAGCGGUCCAAAGUCAGGAUGUCGGGACGAGAAUAUGUAAAUGAGGAUAAACAGAAAAAUAGGUCAGGGUAUAUCAGGAUUCAGGCUCAAAGCUCUUAAGAAUGCAGAUAAGAACAGAAAUAAUACAGAUUGAGAAAAUAUUGUCGGGUUAUUGUUAUUUAUAAUAGUAUCACUUUUACAAGUGUAUUGUACGAAGUCAAAAAUAAACAUAUCUUGUUACUUAAAGUUGUACAUAUUUAUCAGUUGGCCACUACACAGAGCAGCCGUCAACAUAGUUUAGAUGUUACAAAGCCAUUAUGUCGUCACGUUGCUUACAGUUGGAGCGAACUGAGACUAUUCGGCGUGGUCUGGUAUCUGUAAGAAUAUGGUGGUGGCCUGCUCGGCGUCGGGGGCUCUGGACGUAUGCCUGUGCGCGCCGACAAGGGAGUCGCUAUUAUUAUAUCUCUAUUGUACCGGUGUCUAUGCAGAUGUCGCAAAUGGAGGGUUCGCCGGACCAACGUGUAACCGUUUGGAUUGUUUACGAGAGUAUCCGCGAGAACUGAUGAUGCAAUACAUUUCCACCGUAUCCGAUGUCAUGUUCAGAUAUUCUGUCUACCCGUUUCCUAUCAUCCAAAACACCUGUUGUACUUAAUGUCGAUUCUCUUACCUUCGGAAUGCCCUGUGGUGUAAGUGAAGGCAGCCAUCCAGCAGACAAGCAUGGGCUGCUGACUGCUGAGUGGUUAUAUGUAAUGCUGGAUGCGAUUUACGGCAACAUGUCAUGAAUUGAUCAUCGGAGGAGCACUUGUAAUGUGAAGUAAGCAUUCAUCCAUUCAUCCUGCGUAUCCUUGAUAUAAAUAUACGUGUGUGGAUUAUCA